UGGGGAGGGAGUACCAGGAAGGCGGGGGCCGUCGCUCGACUCUCGCUCCCACCGCGGCUGCUUCCGGCGUGAGGUGCAGACGGGCGGUCGGGCGGUGGGGACGGGGAGGCAGCCUCUGCGGAGUCAGUCGGGGGAGCAAGGCCGAGUGGAGGCGGCGGCGGCGGAGCGGGCCCCCGGAGCAGGAUUUGGGGCCCUUUCAUAACAGCAGGGCCCAAGUCAUCCAGGUUGCUACCUUCCUUCAUUUAGCUCCCUCCACCUGUUGAGAAACAUCUCUGAACCAUGGGUAACAUCUUUGGAAACCUGCUGAAAAGCCUGAUUGGGAAAAAGGAAAUGCGCAUCUUGAUGGUGGGGUUGGAUGCUGCUGGAAAGACUACCAUCCUAUACAAGCUGAAGUUGGGGGAGAUUGUUACCACCAUUCCUACUAUAGGUUUCAAUGUGGAGACUGUUGAAUACAAGAACAUUAGCUUCACAGUUUGGGACGUGGGUGGCCAGGACAAGAUUCGGCCCCUCUGGAGACAUUACUUCCAGAAUACCCAAGGUUUGAUAUUUGUGGUUGACAGCAAUGAUCGAGAAAGAGUGAAUGAGGCAAGAGAGGAACUGAUGAGGAUGCUAGCUGAAGAUGAGCUCCGGGAUGCUGUGCUACUUGUCUUUGCAAACAAACAGGAUCUGCCUAAUGCCAUGAAUGCAGCUGAGAUAACAGACAAACUGGGCCUACACUCUCUUCGUCACCGCAAUUGGUACAUUCAGGCCACCUGUGCCACCAGUGGGGAUGGGCUAUAUGAAGGCCUGGACUGGUUGGCCAACCAGCUCAAGAACAAGAAGGAUGGAAGGAAGCACAGUUGAAGAGGGCUGGAUGUGAGCACUCUACUUUGGACAACAUUGGAUUGAAUCAA